AUAAGUUGCACACUACAUCGUCUGGCGCAGGACAUUAGACAUUUGCUGCUGCCUUUUCAAGGAUUUUACCUGCAAAUUAUUGUAAAAAGGUCUGAUAGUCAGGCAGACUGCAUCGGAUCUGAAUUAUUCUGAAAUUGUGUGGGUUCUUGAAUAUUUGUGGAGGAGAAAUACUGGUUAUUAAUAAUAUUGCUUUAUUGGGCAUUCGAUAUAUUCUUUGUAUCCAAGAACGUGUCAUAUCCAAGAUGGCGGAGGAAGGAUCUAUCCCCGUUCGAGAAGAAGAGGAAAUGAGCCCCAUGCCGGAACGGGAGGAGGUGGAGUCCAUGCCGGAUGCGGAGGAGGUGAGCCCAAUUCCGGAAGUGGAGGCGGUGAAUCCCGUACCGGAAGAGGAGGCGGUCAGCCCCGUGCCAGAAGGGGAUGAGGAGAGCCCCGUACCGGAAGCGGAGGCAGUGAGUCCCGUACCGGAAGAGGAGGAGGUGAGCCCCGUGUCGGAAGGGGAAGAGGUGAGCCCCGUACCGGAAGAGGAGGCAGUGAGUCCCGUACCGGAAGAGGAGGAGGUGAGCCCCGUGCCAGAAGGGGAAGAGGUGAGCCCCGUACCGGAAGAGGAGGCAGUGUGUUCCGUACCGGAAGGGGAGGAGGUGAGCCCCGUACAGGAAGGGGAGGCAGUCAGUAUUGAACCAGAAGAGGAAGAUGUCAGUCCCGUGACAGAGGGGGAGCAGGUGUAACCCUUAACUGACUGUGAUCACCGAAGGAAGUGGCCCCUCUACAGUUUUGACAGAACCGACAUUGGUUUUAACGUUAAUUCUGCAACCCGGGCAUUGCUUCUUAUUUGUAUAUCGAUAUCAAGGCAAUUGUUUCUACACAUUUCUUUAAGUUAAUAUAACCAUGAAAACCCGCAUAAGAUGUGCUGUUUUCUCAAGCGGACUAGUUAUACAAUUAAUUCUAUCUGCUAAAUGAUGUCUGUAAUGUGAAUCGAUUACCGUUGAUCUUACUUUGUGCUGCAUCUGUACAUGUUUUGCACAUAAUUGGCCAUGAAUCUCCACUCAAAAUUCUACAAAAAAUCGGAUAUAGAUGUAUAACGUGCAUACAGUAUGUAUCUGCAGUAACUGAACUUAUUUGCGAAAAUAAGAAAUAGCGUCAUAUUAUGACAUUGCUGUUUUCUGAAUUCGGUAUUUAAAACAAGUUCAAUGACAUUAUGAAAUACCAUUUAGUAAUGCAUGCCCGAUUGGCAAUAAAAGUAGUAAACUAUUUUAUGUCCGUUGAAUAAUGUUAGAGAAGUAUCAUGCGUGGGUGAAUGAUUAGUGAUAUAGAAUUAGAAUAUUAAUGUUCUGUUUGCUUGAUUAUGUUAGAGAAUUGUACAUGUUCAUGUUUGCUUGACUUAAAUUAUAAGAAAUUAAUGUGUGUUAAAAAUUAGUUGAUGAAUUGAUUUCUAUAUCUACCAUGUCUGUGUGCUCAUAAUUAAAUAACUAAGAUUGUUAUGUGCUAGUUAAAUGAGUAAAUCUAUAUUACAUGAAACAUUUAUGUGCUUGAUAAAAAGUUAUUAAACAUUUGCGCUUGAUGAAUGAGUUUCUAGCAUAUCAUGUAUUUGUACUUCGUGUUAAAGUAAACAAAAAAAUGCUUAAUACAUUAUGGAGACAUUGCGUAUUUUUUUUAAUUUAAGAGCAUAAUAAGUUUUGUUUAAUAGCAAUUUACUAAAUUCCUGUUAGAAAAAGAGUAUGUAUUUCAUGUAUGAUUAAUCAAAGCAUAUGGGUAUAAAUUUGACACAUUGUAUUAUGUGAAUAUUGUUUAAUAGGUAUUACUGCAUCUAUAAGAAACCAUGAAAGAUAUGUGUAUAUACUAUUUGCCCAAUGAGAAAAUAUGAACUGGUGUUUUUUCGGAUGUCUUGAUUUACAGAAGAUCUUGUUAGGAACACAAGGUUACCUUCCAGCUUCCUGAAUAUUAUAACACGGUAUUCAGUUUCUUACCACAUUAAUCAAUGUUGUGAUUUCAUUUUUGACUCUUGUUGCACCAAUGGUUGUGAAUUGUUUAUAUUGUUAAUUUUAUUAAAUCUUUCUCCAUU